AUGUUACUCGUUGUUGUGCUCGCCUUCAUUGUGAUUGGACUCUUUUUGCUGGUAGAUUUGCGAAAACCAAUACAUUUUCCACCAGGUCCACAGUGGUUACCAAUAGUUGGUAACAUCUUUGUUAUACAUAAGCUUCGAUCGGUUUAUGGAUUUUUUCAUUUGAUAUGGCAUCACUUUUAUGAAAAAUACGGACCUGUGAUGGGAAUUCGAAUCGGUCGUACUUUUUUCGUAAUAAUGUCUGGUCGAGAUGCGAUUCGAGAUGCUUACAAUACAGAUGCAAUGAAUGGCCGACCAAAUGGAUUUUUCUAUCGAAUUCGAACUUUUAAUAAGCGUUUGGGUGUUGUAUUUAACGAUGGUGAUUUUUGGGACACACAAAGAAGAUUCUCAUUAAAAAUAUUACGUCAAAUGGGAAUGGGCCGCGCCAAUAUGAAUGAGCAUAUUGAACAAGAGUGCACUGAAAUGGUAAAUUUUUUUAAACGAAAAUCGGCAAACGGUCAACUAAUUGAAAUGCAACACGCCUUCGAUAUUCCGGUAUUAAAUAUAUUAUGGACACUGGUUGCUGGAUAUAGGUUUGAGUAUGACGACGAACGCUUGCAGAACCUUCUGAAAAUGAUUCAUGAAUGUUUUCGUGUGGUGGAUAUGACUGGUGGAAUUUUAAAUUUAUUUCCAUUGAUACGGCACUUCUUCCCGAUUCGAUCAGGUUAUAAGCCACUUUUAAACGCACACAAACCGCUGUGGAGCUUCUUGCAGGAAGUUGUGAAUGAGACUAAAACCAAACACAGUUCCGAACGACCAAAGUCAUUCAUAAAUUCAUAUCUGGAAGAAAUAUCGAAUAGUACGCAUAGCUCAUUUUCUGAUGAACAAUUAUUGUCCAUUUGUUUGGACUUCUUUCAAGCGGGAACUGAAACUACCAGCAAUACACUUAGUUUUGGUUUAAUGUAUAUGAUUCACAAUCGAGAUGUUUGUGAUAAAGUACAUGCUGAAUUGGAUGCAGUAAUUGGGAAAAAACGAUUCCCCAUUCUACAAGAUCGCAACCAUUUACCGUAUGUGGAAGCCGUUCUCUCUGAAAUACUAAGAUUUUCAAAUGUUGCACCACUGGGCAUAGCUCAUCGAACAACGGAUGAUACAACAUUUAGAGAGUUUAUUAUUCCAAAAGAUACAGUUGUGCUGAUAUCAUUGUACAGCUUGAAUAUGGACAAAGAUUAUUGGCGCGAUCCAAAUGUCUUUAAACCGGAACGAUUUUUAAAUGAGAAUGGAGAAUACAUAUCCCAUAGCGAGCAAUUUCUUCCAUUCGGUUUAGGUAAACGACGUUGCAUGGGCGAACAUUUAGCCAAAGCUAGUCUAUUUUUGUAUUUUGCGACAUUCAUGCAUGCAUUCCAAAUGAUUGUACCAAGCGAUAUACCCUUACCUAAUAUACAACCAAACGACGGCAUAACACUGCAACCAAAAUCGUUUGUUUUGCAAUUGAAGCCGAGAUUUUAGACUGUUUCCAAUUAUUUAGUUUUUUCUCUUUAAAUGGAAUUCUACAUACUGUUUCUUAUAAAAUCUGUAUACAUAUCAAACAUAUAAUAUAAAUAUGAUGUUGUUGUGUCACAAGGUCAAAUGUUGCACGAUACAAUACACGCACAAAAAUAGCAACAAAUAUAUUUAUUUUUUGUUGUUAUUUCUGUGAUUGUAACAAAUACAAAUGAAUGCACACCAAACAAAUUCAAUAAAGCAACCAACAAAACUGAAUUAUCAUUUGUGACGUGUAUUUAAGUAAUGAAGCGUUGCUCAUUCAUUUAUGUGUUUUUGAAUGUUAUCUUUGCAUCUUAUUUCGUUUCUUUAUUUGAGCAGCACAACUCGCAUACAAAUCAAUUAUUCCGUAUAGUACUUUAGUACAUAGCGAUAAAAGAUCGACCAUUCUUAAAAGCGGUUGACGUUAUUCGUACGCUUUUUCAUCGUUUCAAUUCAUAUUGAAAGUGUGUAAAAUAAGUCAAGAAAACAUGUGAGUGAAUUUAAACGAAGCCAUUCAAAAGUACAACAAUAAAAAAACGAUUAGAGAUUACACGAGAGAAA